CUCGUAUUCUAUAUUAUUCUCCACCAUUUUCCUUCCCAUCAUUUUUCUUCUUCUCCCACCAAAACCAUGUCGUCCGACCGGCCCGGUUCAGAACUUUCGGCCUCCAUAUCGGCGAGAAGUCUCGGCGACAUCUCGGAAUUCUGUGCCACCCGAAUCGGCCUCGACAUUAUUUCAGCUGUCCGUCGAAAUCUCGGCUUUCUCCGAACUGUUGCCGAUUCACACUGGCUCCACUCUGAACCCACUAUUACUGAAGCUAUCAGAAGAUAUGAGGAGCUUUGGAUGCCGUUGAUUUCUGAUCUAACGGUGGCUGGGUCUUCUCCUCCUAUGAUUCUUCCUCCAUUGGAUGUUGAGUGGGUUUGGUUCUGUCACACACUGAAUCCGGUUGGUUACAAGCAUUACUGUGAGACAAGAUUCUUUAAGCUUAUUGGAAAGCCAUCAAUUUUUGAUGAAGAGAAUGAAGAAUAUGCUUACAUGAGGUGCAAAGAGAUAUGGGUCAAGAAGUACCCAACCCAGUCCUUUGAACUUGAAGAAAAUUCAAGUUUGAGAGAUGUAAUUACUAUUGAAAAUCAGGAGCUUUUGGAAGAAAUAAAGAGGCAAAGGAACUUAUAUUCAAAUUUUUCUGAACCGUUUAGGUCGGAAAUCGUUUACCUUAUCGCAGCCAAGCAAAGAUACAAAGGGUUUCUGUAUAUGUUGCAGAGGUUUUCUGAUGAAUGUUCUUCCUUUGUGCCUGCCUCAGAUAUUCUCCUCAUGUGGCUUACCCAUCAGAGUUAUCCAACAGUUUAUGCAGAAGAUGUAAAGGAGAUGCAGGGAGAUUUGGCAAAGGUGGUGAGAUUUGGGGAAACCGUGAAUUCAAAGGAACUGGACGAAACCAAGCAACUGUGGCACAGAACCUUUGGGCAACCUUACGAAAAAGCUGGAGGAGGGAUAAUCAUGGAAUUGGGAAGAGCUGUUACUUCCAAUCCUCUAGUUUACUUGGAAACGUCCCACUUGGAUGUCAACACCAAGUAUAAGUCUAUGACAUCUAGGUUCAUCCUCGAGGUUUGUGUGUUCAUGUGGCACAAAGCUCAAAAACAGCCAUUGCAACAUGUUUCUCAAGAAUUUCUUCGUCUACGCAGCUUAAGAUGCCAUAGGGAGUUUAAGCUUGAUCAACCAAUCUCGAGCCUAAACAAUGACCUAUGGCACAAAGCUUGGCAUCUCUAUUGUGAAUUUGGUACCAAGGGAGUCGUACUCGAGCUUCGGCAUCCAAGUGGCAAUUGUUUCAAAGGAAGUAGCAUUAAGGAAACUACUACAUUCAAGUGGAAUGACUUGAUAAGAGCACCCUCUCUUACUUUAGAAAGACAACUCAAUCACAAUCUCAAGAUAGUUGUCUCUAUAACUCCACCAGUUCAGGCACCGUACUUGUUAAAAUGUGUGCCUGACAAAGUGACAGAUGAUUCGGGGGCAAUGGUUUCAGAUGUUGUUCUUAGAAUGAACCAAUACCGGCCUCAAGAAGGCCGGUGGCUGUCUCGAACUGUACUUGACCAUGGAGGUAGAGAGUGUUUUGUCAUUCGUAUGAGGGUUGGAGGAGGGUUUUGGAGGAGAGGAGGUGAAACUCCUUUGCCUGUGAAAUGGGAGGACAGAAUUGUAGAGAUUCGAGAAGGCUCUUGGUCCUAUAUUGCAGGCUCCAUUGGCAGAACCCCAGAGAAAGUGGUAGGAACAGCAACACCAAAACAGCCGCUAGAAGAAUUGAAAGCUGCUUGGAAUUUUUCUACUGGAGAUGAACUGAUAAUUCAAUGGGAUACUUCAACAACAAAACCAUCCCUUAGCUUUUCCUUAACAAAUCCAGCUUCAGAAUCAUCUGUAAGGCUCUUAAAAGGUCGGGAAUUUUAUCACGUAUGGAGAAAGGUAAAAGAACCACAACAUGAUAUCAAUGUACAAGAGGAAGAAAAGGAAGGGGGAGAUGAUGACGGGUUUGUAACAAUGAUUCGAUAUACUGAUGAGGACCCAACCGGAAGAGCAACUGCUCUUCUUAACUGGAAGUUGCUGGUGAUCGAGUUAUUGCCAGAAGAGGAUGCUGUGUUGGCUCUCCUUAUCUGUAUCUCAAUCCUUAGAAGCAUAUCAGAAAUGAAGAAAGAAGACGUUGGAAACUUGCUAAUCCGAAGGAGAUUGAGGGAGACAAAAAUUGGUCUCAGAGAUUGGGGCUCCAUAAUACUUCAUCCAUCAAAAAGUUCAACUACUUCGUCACCUUACCUUCGGCCUUGGUAUUGGAAUGCCGAGACUGUGAUGGCAUCCAACUGUGUUGAGCAUCUCAUGAGGCAGCCUGCAUCGCUCGUUGAGGGUGGAGAUAAGUUGUACAAGCAAGGAAUAAUAUCAUGAAUGAUGAAAACUGAAGAAACAAAAUGUCUUAAAGGGCCUGUUCAGUUUGUGGUGAUUUAACUCAUAGCAGCUUCUUGGCUUGGUUUCUUUCUCAAUUUUCCAUUUUAAAUUUGAAGUGUGAUGUAAUGGGAGAAAGAGAGAGCCAAUCAUUGGUGUAUAAUUUAAGCAGGUUAGUUAAGUUUAUGUAGUUAUUUUAUUUGUAAAGUAGAAUAAUAUAUCUGUAGUUCUUUUUUUUCACUUAAUUGGAGAGUUUGUUUAUAAA